AUGCAAGUGGCGAGAGGCGUGCAGUUCUCCACGGUGGUCGACGGCGAGCUGGCGGCGCUGGUCCGCCGGAACGCGGUGGUGGUGUUCACGGUGGGCGGCUGCUGCAUGGGCCACGUGGUGAAGCAGCUGCUGCUGGGGCUGGGCGUGGGGCCCGCCGUGGUGGAGCUCGAAGGCCAUACUAAGAAAAUUCCUUCUGGUUCUGCCAUCAGAAACCCUAAUAUCCAAUGGGUGCAGCAGCUCUUUCAGGACAACAGGAGAAGCUGGAACAAAGAGCUAGUGGAAAGCACAUUUCUGCCUGAUGAAGCUAAAGCCAUCCUUCAAAUGAAAGAUUUGGACCCUCACAAGCCUGAUUCCUUGCGCUGGGUUGGAGAUAGUAAAGGGAAAUUCAUAGUUGCAGACACCUACAAAUCUCUGAUUGAUAUCAAAUGGAAGCAACUGGACAUUCCAAGCUCAAGCACUAUCCACAAAGAAAUAAAGGAAACAAGGCAGAGGACUUGGAGUUUAAAAAUUAAAAGAAAAAUCAGACACUUCAUUUGGAGGGGACUGAACAACAUCUUACCUGUGCUGGUGAACCUUAAUUCCAGAGGCUCGAGGCUUGACCACAUUUGUAGCCUCUGUGGAGAGGCUGAGGAAUCCCAAGAGCACAUGUUUUUCCUCUGUCGCAGGGCACAACAUAUUUGGAAGCUAGCUCCUAUUUCAUGGGAGGGUCUGCACUCUGAAACAGAUAGCUUUAAGCAUUGGUGGAUCAAACUCUGCUCUAUUAACAAAUCCAAAAUUGUUGAAGAUAGAGUGCAGCUCACUUGUUAUCUGCUCUGGUGGAUGUGGAAAACCCGAAACUUGUGGGUUUUUCAGAAUGUUUGGAGAUCAGAGAUUGACACAGUGCGCCUAGCCUUGGCUGAGUGGAGAGAAUUUCAGUCUUGUUCCUUGUAG